AUGCCAUCUAAAUCAGAGAGCAUGCCUGAUUGUGCGGCAGCAACUCGCGAGAGCGAUACAAAUGAACCAAGGAAGGGCAAUACAGUCGAGCCUGAAGAAAUUACUCCGUCUACACCACCUGCUCAUGAAGAAGAUGGAGCUUAUAUAGAAGAAAGCACCACCAACUCCAAACGUAGCAGCGUCAAUAUCAAAUCGCGUAGGCAGGCACAUGCUCCAGAGUUGACCACAUCUGUUCACAAUCAACACGUAGACCAUCCUCCACAUGUAUUUGAAGCUCGUAGACGCAUCAAGAAUCUAGGUGUUAUGGGACGAUCACCUAUGGGUGAAUAUAUUUCUACUACGAGUCCACUCUCUCAAUUAGCCGUUCCAACUCCAGGGCCACUUGAUUAUGAACCCAAGCUAUAUCAGUCAGGCGUGCAGUACUCCAUUCUGGGAAAACAUGCAGCUGUCAAGGAAGAAAAGAUUAAUAUUGGACCAGGACCGUCAAAAUAUGAUGUCAGACCCAUCUUACUUCCGUAUUGUGAUGCACCCCAUUGGAGUUUUGGACACAAACUUGCCGAUCAAAAAGUCAAAAACGACACUCCAAGUCCAUUUGCAUAUACUGAUACUCACAAUGCAUUUGGAAAAAAUAACCUUUCAUAUACCAUGUCUGGACGGUUUUCACACUCUGAAAAUGAAACACCGGGACCUGAUAGGUAUUUGCCCAGGUCAGAGUUUGGUCCAACUGGAAUAAAGCCAAAGUAUUCUUUUGGACUAAAAUCAUUCACGAUUGAGGAUUCAACACCUGGUCCACUUGACUACAGUAUUCCCAGCUGUCCUCCUGAUGCUGUUAAAGGUCCAUCGUUUACCAUGAGGCGUCGCCUUGAUGACCUGUCUCUUCAGAAAGAUACCAAGCCAGGUCCAAAUGAAUACUAUCCAAAACUUCCUGCAUCAGAAAAAAUGGCAUCGCUUAAAGGCAUGCACAAGGAAACCAAAUCUCUCAAAACUCCCGGGCCUGCCAAUUAUAUCAUCCCAGCCAAUAUUUCUAGUGGCCCGCAUUAUACUCUCAUUGCGCGUAAUAUCCCAUAUCAAGAUAGCAAUUAUAUUGGCCCAUAUCCUGGACCAACAGACUAUAAUCCCGAGAUAAAAUUGACUUUUAGCAAAGGACCAACAUUUUCGCUUGGUGCCCGACCUAAAUCAAGCAAAAAUCCAAGUGAUGAUAUUCCGGGACCUAAUGCAUACCAUCCACUAGAUCGUCAAAUUCGUGGCAAUCGUCAUCCAAAAGUGACUAUUAAAGGAAGGCGCAGUACAACCAUUGAUGUAACACCAGGACCUGCAGACUAUAACUCACAUACCCAGAUCGCCAAUCCCACGGUAGCACAGCUUGCUCGAAAUUCCACACUAAGUAAAGCCGGAGCCAACUGCUUAGCUGAACGUAUCAAAAGUAAAGUUGUGGAAACGCCCGGCCCUGCUGAUUACCAAUUAAAACCAGCAUUGAUUGUAAAAAAAAGUGGACCAAAGUAUUCACCACAAAAGCACACAGAGUCUCAAAAAGUAAAUCAAACUCCUGGUCCAAAUGCCUACUAUAUCCAACCAAAAAAGAAUGGCGGAUAUAUUACAAUGAAGAGCAGACCCAGUCCAUUUGUUAUGGUGUUUCCAUCUAAUCGUAUCAAUACUCUUCGCGUCUAA